AGUUGCUGUUAUCAGACUGCAGGUCCGGCAUGGGUCGUGGAUCGUGGGUUCCGGGUGGUGGGAUCGCUCAUCUGGGUGUUGCCAAGCACGCUCUUGGCAGGUAUGACUCAAAAAUCGGCAGGUGCCGAUUAUCCGGCCAAUUUCGAUGACAUGACAUAAGCGUCGUGCGGUUUGCACCCAUCUGAGCCUUGGAGGCUAGCCUGAAGCUUCUGGUGCCUUGUAAUCCGAUCGAUCCUACCCGUGGGUCACACUAGGGUCAUACUGGGUUGUAUUGUGGUAGAUCGCGGGAAUGCAAUUUUCACUCAAAGGACCGAUCGUGCAAGCGCAAAGCUCACUUGGGCUCUCUGCGGCUACUUCGCUCCUCCGCCAGGGUGCUAUCCUCUUCAUGCUUCUUCUACCCCUUGGAGGUGGUAGGGCAUCAGCACAAAGUACCAAUGCGACUUGUAUGAGUGGCUGGGACUGGUCAUUCAACAGUGCAGGAAAGAGUCCUUGCAAAGUCGUCUCGGAACUUCAGGCCGGGUGUGCUGGAGGAUGGUCCGUGUCCGCCAUUCCUGCAGGCGGCCACUACGGUGUCCCGCAACCAAAUACGAGCAAUGAACCAAGCAUCUGCACCUGUACUUCGAUAGUGUACCAGCUGUUAUCGGCGUGUGCCGCAUGCCAGAACGGGACAUACGGAUCUUAUCCCGGUUGGACAAUUUAUUGCACCGGCAUUGCGACGGUGGAGGGUGAAUACAAAGCAUCUUUGAUCCCCCCCGGCACCCUGGUACCCCACUGGGCCUACAUUAAGCCCUCCGACUACGCUGGACUCUUCAACAUAGAAGCUGCAAAAUUGAUUGGCGAUACACCUGAAAGCACGCAAUUGCUGUCAUCGUCUGUUGCGACAUCCGGAGCAAGCACCACACCCUCCAUUACCACGACUCCCAUAUCUACUUUCACAUCUACAACCACUACAACCACUACUAGUACCACGACAACUACCUCCCGUGGUGGAGGAAGCACAAACACCGGCGCGAUUGCCGGUGGUGUCGUUGGAGGUGUCGUCGGCCUUGGCUUGGUUGGAGUCCUUGCCCUGGGGAUCCUCAGUCGGAGAAAUCCGAGUAGUAAGGGCGUUUCGCAGGGGGCCCCAUCGCUGCCUACGACAAUGGGUGAGAAUACACAACCCGCAUCGUAUCAAGAACCUUUCCCUGUACCGCAUGUGCCUCAAAACGCGCAAUAUGCGAAUCAAGGGUACAGUGGCUAUCCUGAGGCUUAAUCUUUCCUAUUGGGGGGUUAGUUAUCGAAGUCAAGCACGCUGAGCCUCGCGGCAGCAUCCGCAGUAUUGCUCCUGACCAUUUUCCAGAUACUGCGAGUCUCAGAAUAUGUGUUUUGUCUGUUGAGACUGAGCUGGGACUCGGACCAUGAUGUAACGAAUACCUUUGUAGGAUUAGGAACGAUGGAGUAUUAAACAGCUCGCGCACAGUGCCUGUCGCUGUAAAUGCCGUUGCAUUAUUAGAUCUUUCCUGGCGGGCACACUCGCGUGCGCGCCAUGGCCCUAACCUCGCCUGUUUUAAUAGUGAAACAUAA